GCUGUGCACGUGUGUGUAUAGAGAUCCGUGAAUGCUCUGUGGUUAAAGCGAUGACCUAACGAAAUUUCCCAUCGAGUAGAAUCGGAGUGAUUUUAUUUCUGAUUGACAAACGUAGCUGCGGAUUUACGUAAGUCACAACAUACUACACAGUUGGGAGUACAAGCAAUACGCAAUCUAUACAAAAUGGAGAAGAACCACCUGAUGGGAAGUGGAUUUCCACCACCAACUGCUCCGCCCUCGUAUGACGAAGCUGUCGCCAAUACUGCGGCAGGUCCUCGCCUUUAUCCUCCACCUUCUUCUGCUCCGUACCCAACAGUCGACACAGCGAUGCCAAUGCCUGGAUCUUAUAAUCCUCCGCCAGCAGCCAUGCCAAUGCCGAUGCCAAUGCCAACGCCAGAGACACAAAGCCAACCUCAAUCAUUUCAGCCACGACCUGCCGCUCCCUAUCCUCAACAGCAAAACACAGCUCCACAGUCUUACGCGACACCUGCCCAAAUACAAGUUGUGCAACAAACAGUUGCUUAUGCAGUUGGACCAAACCCACUAAAAAUGGUGUGUCCUAAUUGUCGGGCGGAUAUAAAAACAACCACGGUAUCGGAAACUCAAGCGAACGCUCACAUUUGUUGCAUAAUUUUAUGUUUACUCGGGUGUUGCUUGUGUUCAUGGUUGCCAUAUUGCAGUAAUGCCUUUGUGAAUGUUCACCAUUCGUGUCCCAAUUGUAAGGCUUACAUCGGAACGUAUAAGGCUUGAAUUUUGUGAUUGUCACAAUAGUCAAGUUUAACCUUGAAGUAUUGGAGUAAUUAUUCUACAGUUACAGAUCGAGGUGAAACCUUGGCCGUCUUUGACUAGGACGAAAAUUUUCUCUUCUUUACAUAUUCGUAUAUAUUAAACAUUCACUCACAGACGCAAAUAUUUUUUUUUUUUUUUAUACAAAUUCUAUCAGAGAUAGAUGAAACGUAUAAUUUUAUGAUCCCAAUUAUUUCUACAAUUGCUUACCCUUUCAAUGAAUGUUUGUAGAAUUCUUGAAAAACGUUCAGUUCAUGCGAAACACAUUCCGUUGAUUCUGAAACAAUCUUGCUUCAUUGCCAUGGAGAAUAUUAACAGGUUGAUUGAUUUGAUCUGAGCUUUCCUUGUAUACAUAAAUCCUCGUCGCUAAGAAUUGAGAGUCAAGAGAAAAGAGUGUUAUUGACAUCUCAUAUGCCCUAUACUCACUAUUAUUACUGGACAUUAGGUUUCUUGAUGUAGUCGUACUGAAAAGAGUGGUGAUUCACUGUACAGGAACACAGAAUUUUUGCAUUCUGGUAGCUCAUUACGUUUCACUAUGUGCAUAAAAUCAAACUCACAUGAUACUACUUCCAUUCUUUAUAAUUCUUACUUUUUUUUUUCAUAUGUCAAGUUAAUGUGAUUAUCUUGUUUUAUAAUAUUGCACAUAAAUAUAGUAUAGUAAAACAACAUUAUAAAACAAGAUAAUCAUAUAUAUAUAUGUGAUAUAUAUAUAUAUCAAAAAAGUAUUGAGUAUUCGAAGAACACCGUAUUUUCGUUAAGAGCGAACAAUUCAUGCUUAGGUAAAUAUAAAGAAAAUGACCAUUGAAAAUGUACGACUUUUGCUUUGCUCUGCUAGUUCAUAGGUUUUGCACUAGAUACUUGGUUGUGAAACAUUUACAGGCUUUUUUGAAAAUAAGAGAUUGGUAAAUAAUAUACCUGUAUUACGAUGUUGGUUGAUAAUAUGGUGUUUGUUGACGUACUUGCAAAUUGUCGCACCAUACGUGAUACGUUACGCGAAGAUCUGAUUACAAAAAAAUAUUUGUCUCUUGACAGCAUCUGUUCAGCUCACGGAAAUAUUUCCACCUCAAAUUAAGCCUCCCCCAGCAAACAUGGACGAUAUCGUCCAUCCUGACCUUCUCACUUAUCGCUGUCUCGGGAAUUUUUCAUUGUUUAACAAUUUCUAUUCAUUAACUAUUUGAAAAUUUCGUAAUGUAAACUAUUGGAAUAUCAAGUAGGCACCUGAAACUGAUUACCUGAAUCUUUUGCAAACUUUUGAAAAUCUCUAAGUGAAGGGAAAAAGAACUCGUGUGACGAAAUCGUUGAUAAUGACUGACGACGUCAGUAAAAUAACACAUGACCGGCGGAGGGUUAUCGAGUCAGAUAGAAGUGUGAAAAUCACAUGCAUGUUUUGUCGAAAAUUAUUCAAAGGGCUGUGAGAAAUUGAAUAUUUAGAGAGGAAGGUACGACGUGGCCUGUGUACCCUGCUGUUAUUUUUCAAAGAAACCUUUAUUAAACAUAAGUUUUAUAUUUUUAUAUUAUGCCUUUUUCAUUGUUUGUAUUCAAAAAGUUUGACAAAAAAUAUUUCAAAUUAUUAAAUUGGAUACGAAUAUCUAAAUUGCUUGAAAUUAGAAAGUAAGUACGUAUGUAUAUAUAAUUUGAAGAUAAAGAAAAAAAAAACUACCCAAUUUGGUCUGAGUUUAAUUUUUAUUAAACAACAAGCCAUUGUAUCUAUAUUAUCAUCAGUUUUGCAUUCAUGAUUUUCGACUUCCUUGAUCAAUUGUGUAAGUUUUUAUUUUUCUACUUCAAACGAGAUAUGUAACUAAGUGUUCAAUGCUAAAUAUAUAAGUCUGCAUCAGUAGGUGAAAAUUUACUUCGUUAAGAUAAAAAAAAAAAAAUCAGACAUACGAAUAAUACUGUAAAGUAUAAGUUAGACCAACCUUUGAUAGUGCGUUGAAAUUACUUGCAGUUUAGUAAUUAUAAUCACGCCAACAUUUAUUAUCGACCAUGAGAGAUUAAUAAAAUAUUAUUAUUCAUAUUGUUUACUACCCACAUGUAAACUCUAACUAAAACUGUGACACAAUUAUUGCGCUAAUUCUGUUCACGUUUCAAUUAAGCAUUAACGGUUUGGUCCUCAAUUCAGGACAGAAUUGACGUGCUAGGAAAAGGGUGUACCAAAUGAUGAAAACGUAUUUUAUAUACAAUUAAUAAUAAGAAGAUGUGAUCUAGACCGACUGAAAGUCUAGUAAAUCGAUGAUAUUGUCUGAUGAUUGCGAUACGAAAGAGAAGGGAAUAAAUGAACAAAUUACACGAUCGUAAUAGUUGGGGAAUAUCUGUAAUAACAAUAUUUAUCGUCUGUACACGGCCAAUGGGGUAUUGGAAAUAUCUGAUUUUUGUGUAUAAUCGGUAGGUGUACAUAAUCGUCAUCUUGAUAAAUAAAUGAAUAUAUUAUUUAAUAUAAUAUUAAUUCUUCA